ACAGCACAUUUUCUCUUUACGCUACGUCUACGUAUCUGCAGCACGUAAGAAAAACAGCUGUUUGCAUUAGAAAUGCGACGACGUGUGGGCCUGGGAGCCAUCCAGCAGCAGAAGCUGGCUGCGGAGAAGUACAAGGACAAGGGCACCGUCCUGCAGGAAAGCCAACUCGAACAAAUGACCAAGCAAAUGGAGGUUUUUCGGGUGAAGCUCGAGGAAUUUGCGAUGAAACACAAGGAGGACAUACGCAAGAACUCGCAAUUUCGAAAACAGUUUCAAGAAAUGUGCGCCGCCAUCGGCGUGGAUCCGCUGGCCACCGGUAAGGGAUUCUGGAGCGUGCUGGGAAUGGGAGAUUUCUACUACGAACUGGGUGUCCAGGUGGUGGAGGUUUGCCUGGCUGCCAAUCACAAUACAGGUGGAUUCAUGGAGCUGGACGAUCUGCGAGUUCGGCUGAUCGCCGCCAGAGGUCUGAGUUCAGUGCACCAGGAAAUCACCAAGGAGGACAUCCUAAUGGCCGCUAAGAAACUAAGCAUUUUCGGCAACGGCUUUGUGGUGCACAAACUGGGCAAGGGGAAGUACAUAGUUCAGUCCAUUCCCGGUGAGCUGAGCAUGGAGGAGACCAACAUACUGAAUGCCGCAUCCAAUACCGAACAAGGCUGUGUCACGCCGAGUCAGUUGAUCGAGGAUUUGGGAUGGACCGACUACCGUGCUCAACAGGCAUUGGACAAGCUGCUCGGCGAAGGUCUCUGCUGGAUUGACAAGCAGACGGGCGAUGAGCCAGCCUAUUGGUUUCCCAGUUUGUUUCCCGAUCGAAGAGGACGCAGUGUAAUCUCGUCAAAGUAAUUUAAUAUGUACAAAUUAAUCAUAAAAUAUAUCUUUGUACAAUCGUAAA